ACGUCGGCAGCCUGGGCGGCGGAAGCGGAGCUGUGCCGGGCCCGAUCUUUGGAACAGCCCGUAAAGCGGAGAGCCCGUCCCGCCCCGCCGCCCUACAGGAAACCAAAACCAUGGAGGCCCCACCUGUUACCAUGAUGCCUGUCACUGGCGGCACCAUUAACAUGAUGGAGUAUUUACUCCAAGGAAGUGUUUUGGAUCAAAGCCUGGAGAGCCUCCUUCACCGGUUGCGUGGUCUGUGUGACAACAUGGAACCUGAGACAUUCCUGGACCAUGAGAUGGUGUUCCUCCUGAAAGGUCAGCAAGCCAGUCCCUUUGUCCUGAGGGCACGGUGCUCCAUGGACAAAACUGGCACACCCUGGCACUUGCGCUAUUUGGGACAGCCAGAAAUGGGAGACAAAAACCGCCAUGCUCUGGUGCGCAACUGUGUUGACAUUGCUACCUCAGAGAACCUUACUGACUUUCUGAUGGAGAUGGGCUUCCGGAUGGACCAUGAGUUUGUCGCCAAGGGCCAUGUGUUCCGCAAGGGUAUCAUGAAGAUUGUAGUGUACAAGAUCUUCCGCAUCCUGGUUCCAGGAAACACUGAUAGCAUUGAGCCCUUGUCUCUCUCCUACCUCGUGGAGCUGAGUGUUGUAGCUCCGGCAGGACAAGACGUGGUUUCUGAUGACAUGCGAAACUUUGCUGAGCAGCUAAAGCCCUUAGUUCACCUGGAGAAAAUUGACCCCAAAAGGCUCAUGUGAGUGAAAAGGACCUAGCAAGUAUGUCUAGUUCCUCUUUCUCUGUGGUCCUGGUGACCAGCAUGUAGACACACUUCUUCCAGAAUGACUCUUGCAAGAACUGAGAAAUUAAAGGUUUUGUUUGGGUUUUUGGGGGUGGGUAGUGCAGAGGUUGUCUCUGGUGUGUUUUGUCACUGCUGUAAUUGACAAUUGGAUCACUUUUUCCCCACUUAAUGUUCCCCUUUAUACAAAUCUACCAUCAGGGCUGACAUUUUUGAAAUGUACUAAUUUGGAAUUUUCUUAUUAAGAAUCCCUUUAAACAGCAUGGAUAGAAACAUUUCUUAAUGUCCUUUAUUACAUCAUAUUAGUGUUUCUGCUUCCAUAUUAAUAUUAAUAAGGGUCUUACUCGUAAGAAGGUGAACAGACCUGAGAUCCAAAGUAGCGAACAUGUUUAGGUUCAGUCUUCUUUCUCACUGCACAUCUCUGGCUGCUGCCUCUUCAGUUGCAGCAUAGCUGCUUCUAUUCUAAUAACCUCAUCUUGCAAAGACUGUAAAAGAGCAUGUUCAUGAGCUUCAUCCCUCAAGUGAUGUCCUAAUGUUACUGCAUGAGACAGGAAAUACAACUAACUGUCUGCACAGUGUUGUCAAAGAGGAGCACAUCUUUUCCUGCACUAUUUUUUUUCAAUCAGCAUUCUUAGGUGUUACUUAUAACACUAGCAGAUACAAAACUAAGAUGAGAAUGAGUUUUUCAAGUAAAGGUAUACCCCUUUAAAAAGUAUAGAUUUUAAAAGCCAAUUUCCUUAGCCAUGUCGCAACCUGAGGUUUUCAAAAGUGAGAGCUCUCAAAACAUAACUUACUUUUAAUACUGUUUGUUCUAUGUACAUCACUGUGCUCCGAGGAUGAAAAUAAUCUGGUCAAUUUCUCUUGUUUCUAGUCAAUUUCUGUUUCUG